AUGGCUCCAGGGAAUCUCACUCAGGUGACUGAGUUCGUUCUUAUGGGAGUCUCAGAUAGUCCAGAACUCCAGAUUCCUCUUUUCUUGGUUUUCCUGGUCAUCUAUGGGCUGACCGUGGCAGGGAAUAUGGGCAUCAUCACCCUCACCAGUAUCGACUCUCAACUUCAGACUCCUAUGUACUUUUUCCUCCGGCAUUUGGCCAUCAUCAAUCUUGGAAACUCUACUGUCAUUGCCCCUAAAAUGCUGGUUAACUUCUUGAUUUCAAAAAAAACUAUAUCUUACUAUGGAUGUGCAGCCCAGCUGGGUGGAUUCUUAGUUUGUAUUGUGGCCGAGAUUUUCAUGCUGGCCGCAAUGGCUUAUGACCGCUACGUGGCUAUUUGCAACCCCCUGCGCUACAUGGUGGUGGUGUCUCCACAGAUCUGCCUUCUGCUGGUGUCCCUCACAUACUUCCACAGUCUGACCACAGCACUCACUGUCUCUUCCUGUGUAUUCUCUGUGUCCUAUUGCUCUUCCAAUAUAAUCAACCAUUUUUACUGUGAUAACAUCCCUUUGUUGGCAUUGUCCUGUUCUGAUACCUACAUUCCAGAAACAGCUGUGUUUACCUUUUCGGGGACCAAUUUGUUUUUCUCUAUGAUUAUUGUUCUAAUAUCCUAUGGCAAUAUCAUCCUUGCCAUUUUGAGGAUACGUUCCUCAGAGGGGCGACGAAAAGCCUUUUCCACCUGUGCUUCUCACAUGACGGCUGUCACUGUGUUCUACGGGACUCUUCUCUUCAUGUAUUUGCAACCGAGGACCAACCACUCAUUAAAUACGGAUAAAAUGGCCUCGGUCUUCUACACGCUAGUGAUACCAAUGCUGAAUCCCCUCAUUUACAGCUUAAGGAACAAAGAUGUGAAGGACGCAUUGAAGAGAUUACUGGAUAACCCACGUCAAUCUAUUAAACCCAUGUCGGUUUAA